GUAUAAGAAUUGUAUUAUUUUAAUUGAGAUUAUGUGAAUUAUUGUGUUGACAUUUAUUCGUUAUAUACACCUCAUUCUCGUGUACUUGUAUACGCGUCAAUAGAACAUAUUCGACUUGUUAUCUUUACUAUGGCAACAGGAAUGCGCGUGGACAUGUAGCAAAUCAGAGGUAUCGCAUUGAUGUUUAGUCUCAUGGAAAUAAUGCAGCAGUUUUGAUCGAUUUUAGAAGCUUCUCUGAUCCAAUCUUUAAAUUUCGUCUAAACAAUGUUUUUCAUAUAAAUAAUUUAAAGUCUCUCGUAAUAAAGAAGGAUGGUAAGCAUAUGCUCCAUAUAAUAACGUGUAUUAGCGAGUACUAACAUAAAAAAAUGCCUAAAAAGAAAAAACGUGGUGGUGAGAAAGAGAAGAAGGUACGGAAAAAGUGUUUGAAUGAACGAGAAACGGUGUCCUAUGAACAGCAAAUUCUAGACAACAAUCUGCAACUGUCACGGCUACGCAGUCGAAAUGAGGAACUUGAAUGCGAGGUGAAAACUGUAACAAAGAAAUUCGAGCAAUUGAAAGAGGAUCAAUCUGAUGUCGUGGCACACUUGAAACGAAAUUUGGAAGGGAAGAUAGAAGAGGCUCGAGAGCUGAGCGAACGCUUACUGGCUUUAGAGGAAUUGAGAAAACAGGAACAGUCUGAAUACAAAAAGAAAGAAAACGCAAUGGAGCUCGAAUAUCGUACUAUGGAAAGUAAUUUGAGCGCGGAAGUAAAACUCGCAGCUGGCAAGUUGAACGCGUUAGAAGACUGGCGACUAGCUCGUUUGGAUUUAAUGCACAAAUUCGAGGUACAGGAAGAACAAAUUGGGAAGCAACAGGAAUUGCACAAAACGACACUCUACGAAACAGAGAAAUCAGUUAUUAUUGCAAAGGCUAAAAUGAGAAAGGAAAUGGAAGAACGGUUGAAACAGCUUGCUCAGGAUUUUAAGGAAGCGACAAAUAUUCGCAUUGCGGACGUAACGCACAAUACAAUCAGGAGAAAUAUCGCGCUAAAUCACGAGCUGAACUCGAUGCUGAAAGUCUGUCAGGAUUUGGAGAUGAAGAGUACGGAAUGCAAAGAUAACGAUCGCAUGCUCAGAUUGCAGUGCGAAUUAUUUGAGGCCGAAGCGAAGAUCGCGCUGGACAAUAUGAUAAAGCAGAGGCAUGCGAUGCACGAGCUCGCGCAGGGGCACAUAGAUUUGGCCCUCGAGUACGGGCGAACACAACGAGAGAACGCAAGACUCAACAAUUAUGAACAACUGAUAGACGAAUACAAGGCGAGGUGUGUGACGUCGGAGGAGAAGGCGAAGAUGCUCGAAGAACGCAUGGAGGAAGCCAAGAAAGCCAAAGAAAAUGUUCUGAUUGAAGUGCGAAAUAAAUGCAAGAAAUAUAACAAAUUGAAUAACAUUCUGAACGAAGCUAAGCGAUGCGUUUGGGAAGCAUUAGAGGUAUCUUAUCAAUCUCGCACGACGAGCGGUUGGAUUUAUCAUCACUGUACGCGUUUGAUAAAAUGUGAUACGCGAUUCUCUGAAAAUUUGCACAUCAUGGAAAUCGGAAGGAAAGAAGAAAAUAUCACUAGAAGAUUGGACGAGGCAGGUGCGGUUUUGAACAAUGAUCUAGAGUUCUGGAUGACUCGGUUUCCGGCGCCACUCAAGAAUACGCCCAUUAUUCACUUGGCAAUACCCGGUUCCCACGAUACCAUGACUUACACGAUUGAACCGCGCAACGACGUGGGGCCGGACGAGCCCGCCUUCAUCCGAAGACUCGGCCGUUACUGCUCAUUCGUGGCUAAGCCCAUUAUUCUAAAUUGGUCUAUUACACAACGCGAUGAUGUUAAACAACAGCUGAACGGCGGAAUUCGAUAUUUAGAUCUGCGCGUCGCCACAAAGCCGAGGACCAAGGACAUAUACUUCCUUCACGGUUUGUACGGCUCGGAAAUUACCAGGCCACUCCUGGACGUCGCCGAUUGGCUGACUUCGCACGCGAAUGAAGUCAUCAUCCUGGACUUCCAACACUUCUACGCCUUCACGGACGAGGAUCAUCGUCGUCUCGUGGAGAGGAUAAAUCGGACCUUCCACGGGAAGAUGUGCCCGGUCUCUUCCAGAUUCGAACAAAUAACACUGAACUGGCUGGCCACGAACAGGCACCAGGUGUUCGUGAUAUACAGGAACGUUUACGCGCGCAAUUUCUCGAAUCUGUGGCCGUCUGGCCUCUGGCGUACCGUUUGGCCCAACACCGUCGACGUGCACGAACUGAUCGACUUCUUGAAUAUCGAGCUGCAGAGUAGACCGUUGGACAUCGGGUUCGUGUCGCAAUGCCUCCUGACGCCGGACACGUCCUAUGUUUUAAAGCACUUGUGCGGCACCCUGCAAAGAGACUUGGUACCCCUUUGCCGAAAGCCGAUUCUCACGUGGAUAAAUGACAAGCGGCCUGGCCGCGGCGGGCUGAAUAUAGUUAUAGCGGACUUCGUGUCGGACAACAACUUUCUGUUCUCCAAAACGGUGAUUCAGAGUAAUGCAAGAUUCCUGCAUAGUUCAGAAAUUUACUAGAUUAAUUUCGCGUUUGCUUAACAGCGAAUUCGAUUGGGUGCAUUAAUGUACCCGGUUCGGAUUAAAGCCUGGUGGGACACGUUUUCAUCUACCUAAAAACAUAAAGUAUUUGAAAUGUCUGAUAUGUAUUCUAUUAAACACAUCGUGAAAUAAUAAAUUACACCGGAUUCAAUCUACUUAUAUACUAUACUUUAUGUACUUAUAUGGUAUGCAUUAUAUUUUUACACACAUUUGUAUACCAUAUCUUUGAUACGCACAUUAGUAUAUCUAACCGAAUUCGCUAUAAGGUCACAAAUGUGCAAUGUUAGCUUUACUAUCGCAUUGCUUAAGGCAUUUUUAUAUUCUACUCAUCAGUUGUCAUCCAUAAAAUAUGUAAAUAAACUUGAGAUAUUUUAAA